GUAGCAAUGCUCGCUCUCGGCAUUGCAGCCCUCCACUUGCUCGCCUGGGCCGCCGCGUUCAACGAUCCCGCCACAGACUUACCAAGAUUCGGCAAGCCUUUGAACAACUUGACUGUUUCACUUGGCCGGGAAGCCAUUUUCGCCUGCGUCGUCGACAAUCUUGGCCCUUACAAGGUGGCGUGGUUGCGAGUCGACACGCAGACCAUCCUGACCAUAUCGAACCACGUGGUGACGAAAAACCACAGGAUCGCCGUGACGCACAGCGGCCACCGCACCUGGUCCCUCCACAUCAGGGACACGCGCGAGGCUGACAGGGGCUGGUACAUGUGCCAAGUCAACACCGACCCGAUGUCCAGCAACACUGCCUUCCUUGAAAUCGUCGUGCCGCCGGACAUCCUCGACUACCCCACCAGCACGGAUAUGAUGGUGAGGGAAGGCAGCAACGUGACGCUGCGCUGCGCGGCCACUGGCAGCCCCGAGCCGACGGUCACGUGGCGCCGGGAAGCCGGGGGUAGCAUUAUCCUGUCCAACUGGCAAGAAGUGGCGAGCUUCGAGGGCCCGGAGCUGGAAAUAACGCGAGUCAACCGUCUGCACAUGGGCGCCUACCUGUGCAUCGCCUCGAACGGAGUGCCGCCAACGGUCAGCAAGCGAAUCGUCCUCAUAGUUCACUUUCCGCCGAUGCUGCGAAUCGAGAACCAGCUGGUCGGUGCCUACGAGGGCCAAACGCUGACGAUGGAGUGUCACAGUGAGGCCUACCCCAAACCGAUCACGUACUGGACCUCGCCGGCCAACGAGACCAUAAAUAACAAUGAUCACUACCGCCUCGAAACUCUCACGCUGGGCUACGAGACGACAAUGAAGCUGACUAUCAGAUCGCUGCGAGCUCGGGACUUGGGGCCCUAUCGCUGCAUAGCUACCAACUCGCUGGGGGAAACUACCGGCAAGAUCCAAAUAUACAGAAUAGCCAAGCCGUCCUCGGCGCGCAAGUCGGGCUCGAGGCGCGAGUUGGGCAAGCCGUGGAGCAACGAUCACGGCCACGAGAAGGCGGCCGAUGCGGCGGCGGCGGCGGCGGCGGCGGCGGCGGGAGCAGCGGCAGGUGACGUCGGCGGCAGCUCGCUGGACGACGGCCAGAACGGGGCUGCGACGGAGAGCGAGGACGGCUCCUUGGCCAGCUGCCUCGUGCCCGGCGCGUGGCUGCUCUGUCUGCAGCUCGUGGCGCGGUCCACCUUUUAAAUGGCCACGCGCCCGGCCCUGCGACGACCGACCAGGAUCGGGCCGGUACUCGGUCCGCAGCUGUCUCUGUCGCUCGCCGAGGGAGCAGCCGCGCAACCCAAACCGCCGCCGGGUAGCGGCUGCGCCCGCGAUUUUCAAUUAAACUUGGAAAUCGCGCCCCGAAUUCCAUUCGCCGGGCCGCUCCGCAAAUAGCUCGGUUACCGCCACCAAUACCACCUAGCAAUACUACAGCCUGUCUUUUCCAGCUUCGCUCGUCGGCCUCCUGCUCGUUUCGUUCCUGCUCGCUGUCGUCUUUUCGCCCGUGCCUUUUUGAUUUUCGUCUUUUCGCCUCUCCGCGCGCGCGGCUACCCCCGGUGACGGGCUCACGUUUCGCAACCAACUACGCGCACUAGCGUUCCGUUCGCCGGUGGUUUGUCGCCGGGUCUUCGAGAGAAACGACGGAUCUCGGACCUCCGCCGUUGUUUCGCGUGGCGCGGCUGAGAACGUCCGCGAGCGUAUCGCAAAAGCCAAUGCUCAGCUCGCAGCUGUCGCUCACGGGAUUUUGCAGCUGCGCGCGGAGAUAUGUGCAACGUGUACAUACGUAUCGGCCCGCCCUCGGUCCCAUUAUAUCGGAUAAACCUCCAACAAAACUAGUUACGAACGGCGACCCGUUCGACGCCCCCUGCAUUUUCUGUCUCGCUAAGGUUUUAUUAAAACUAGUUGCGACCAGUGCUGUAAGCAAUUAGCGUGUGUAACUCAUAACUUAGGAAUUACUUGUAAAUAUAUACCAUCUUCUUGGCGCGAGAAACGCUUAUGGCAUUUUGCGUGAAUUGCAUGCACGAAUACAAAGUCUAUUCAAAACCUGCGUGCCCAACUGGAAAAUAUGUUUCAAGCGAUCGUGCGAUAAUCAUUCGACGUUGCAACAUCAUCCACGUCGAUCUGAACGAUGAUCACGCGCAGAGCCGUUGCAUUAUUAUACCUACAUGUACUUUCUAGGAUGAGAUUUAAUAUUAUUAUAUGAAAAAUAUGUAAAUACCCAAUCCUACCGCAUAUACUUCUGUAUAAGAGAAACACAUGCUGUUAUAAAUAAA